AGAGUCCUAAAGCUGUGGUGACCAUAAAUCCUGACACACAUGUGUUCGGAGGAGAGACUGUGACUCUCAGGUGUGAAAUACAAGGAGGAGGAGACACUGAGUGGACAUACAGCUGGUAUAAAGAUGACCAAAUCUACCAAGACCACAAAACCCAGGAGUUCAGCCUCAGCUCAGUUAGAAAUGAACACAGUGGUAAAUACACCUGUAGUGGGAGGAUACGCAGUGACUAUCAGAGCUCCGAGAUCAGUGAUGCUGUUACUCUCACUGUAUCAGAUGUAGCAGAGACAGUAAUGACUGUGUCUCCACUGAUCUGGCUGAUUGAAGGAGAUUCAGUGACUCUAAGCUGUGAUGUUAAACACUCCUCUACAGGCUGGACAUUCAGCUGGUACAAAGAUGUUCUCUACACAGACAGACACGGUUCCCUCAGGUCCAGAACAUUGCUCCACUCAGACAGCAGCAGAGGAUCUGGAGGCUCCUACACUCUCAGUCCUGUUACUCUGAAUCACACAGGAGUUUAUAUGUGUAGAGCUGAGAGAGGAGUCUUUCAGACAACAAAACACAGACACUGUGGAUCACUGGUGAGGAAAUAAAACAUUUUUGUUUAA